AUGAGAAGUGGGGCGACACUUCGGCGCAGCAGCGCUUCAGUGCUGCUGCCUUCUUCAGAGCAGCACCUGCCGCACGAGGAGCUGCAGCUGCAGCAACAAGUGCUGCAGCACCGCCGCAGCAGCAGUUUGCAUGCUCCCCCAAUUAAGUAUCAAGUGCCGCAGCAGCAGCAGCAGUAUCAUUGGCAGCAGCAGCAGCAGCAGCAGCAGCAGCAACAGCAGUAUCAGUGGCAGCAGCAACAAUGGCAGCUGCAGCACCAGUAUUGGCAGCAGCAGCAACAGCAGCCCAGUCUCUCCGUGCCGCCGCAUCCGCUGCCUGCUGCAGAAGAUGCAGCACCAGUGCAGCCUGCUGCUGUUGUUGCUGCUGCUCCUUACGUUAUCAGCAGCAGCAGCAGCAGCACCAGCGGGACGGCGAUGCCUCAGCAGCAGCCGCUGUUGCUACCGUGGCAGCAGGCCCGUGGUGCAGCAGCAGCAGCUGCAGCGCCUGUCCCUGUGCCGACAGCAGCAGCAGCAGCAACAGCAACAGCAGCAGCUGCUGCUGCUUCAAAUCCCUGUCCCGUUGCUUGGGAUGAGCAGCAGCUGCAGCAGCUGUGGAGUGCUGCAGCAUAUUCCGUGCAGCAGCUCGACUACAUAGCCGCAGUCUUCAGCCGGCUGCAUGCAGUUGACCAGUUGCUGCGGCCUCCUGCUGCUGCUGCAGCAGCAGGAACAACGCCCACCGCAGCAGCAAUUGCAGCAGCAGCAGCUGCUGCUGCUGCACCUAGAACAGCUACCAUCAGCGCUGCGGAGUUAGGGAUGUUCUGGGGGGCCUAUGCAGCAAUGGCUGACGCGCCGUACUGCUGCUGCAGCAACAGCAGAAGCAGCAGCAACAGCAGCAGCAGCAACAGCAGCAGCAGCAGCAACAACAACAACAGCAAGUGCUGUCUGGAGCGCUUGGGCCGUGUUGCUGCAGGAGGCAGCGGUCGCGUUGAUUUGCUGCUGUUUACUCGCCUUGUGGCGCUGCUUGAUUGUCAAACCCCAGCAGCAGCAGCAGCAAAGCUGCGGCUUCGCCUGAUCUUUGCUUACUUUGCUGAUGAUUCCCUUGCCGUGUACGAGCAGCAGCAGCAGCAGCAGCAGCAGCAGCAGGGGAGCAGCAGGAGACGGGUGCCUGUCUGGACAGAAAGCAGCUACGCUGCAUUCAAGGCGGCUAUGUGCAACUCUAAAGCAGUUGACCCGGCGAAGGCCCAGGCCCUACCUGCCUCUCUUGCGGCUUGCCUCGCCUUGCUGCGGUGUACGUACACGCCGCUGCUGCUGGAGGCGCAGUUUGUCGCUCUUGUAGAAGCCAACAUCAUUGCGGGCACCUCUCGGUUUUUUAGGAUUUGUUUGUUUGGAGGGUCAGCAGAUGCAGCAGAGCCUCUCUUUACUCUUGCUGCACUUCCCUACCCGCCGCGGAUUAUUAAAACAACUGUUGUCUCUGCUGCUGCUGAUGCUGCAGCAGCAGCUGCUGCUGUUGCUCCUGCAGCAGCAGGAGCAGCUGCUGCACCUCCUCCUGCUGCUGCUCCUGCUGCUGCUGCUGCUCCUGCUGCUGCAGCAGCAGCUCCUCUUUCGGCUUCCUACCAUGUAGGCGAAGCCGUUCCAAACCUCCUGCAGCAGCCGCAGCAGCAGCAGCAUUUGCUUCAGCUGACAAGUGGUCCCCGAGUUGCUUCGGCUCUGUCUCUCCGACCUGAACAGCAGCUGCAGCAGCAACAGCUGCAGCAGCAGCAGCUGCAGCAGCAACAGCUGCAGCUGCUGCAGCAGCAACAACAGCAGGACUGGUCUACACAAAACCGCCUGCUGCUUCAGACGCACAUGACUCCCACUCAUCUCUUCUCUCCAGAGCAGCAGCAUCAGCAGCAGCAGCAGCACCGGCUGCAGCUGCAGCCUGGGUACUAUCAGAUACACGAGCAACCGCUGCAGCUUGCUGCUGCUGCACGUGACAGCAGCAGCACGCAUCGCCGCUUGCUGUUCCAGCCUGCUGCAGCAGUCAGCAGCAGCAGCAGCAAUCAGGGUUUAAACGCGGAAGGAUAUCCCGCCCUGCUGCAGAAUGCACUGCAGCAGCAGCAGCAGCAGCAACAGCUCUAUCAAUUAGCUCAGGAGCACUAUGCAGCAGACUAUGAGGCGGAGCAGGAACUGCUUCGCUUGCGCCUGCAGCAGCAGCAGCAGCAGCAGCAUAAGCAGCAGCACUAUCAAACGGUCCUCAGGAUACCUUCGGACAUAGAACACUCGCUGCAGCAGCAGCAGCAGCAGCAGCAACAGCAGCAACAGCAGCAAAUGUGGCCAUACUUAGAUGGCUCCACGUCCCAAGGCACCAAUGAGGCAGUUGACCUAUUUCUGCAGCAGCUGCAGCAACAGCAACAGCAGCCGCAGCUGCUGCAGCAACAGACGCAGCAACAGCACCUGCAGCAGCAGCAUAUGCAACAGCAGCACCUGCAGCAGCAGCACCUGCAGCAGCAGUACCUGCAGCAGCAGCACCUGCAGCAGCAGCAGCAGCAAGAACAACAGCAGCAGCAGCUAUCUUUGCAGACUCCGUCUCAUUUGCUGCCUCAGCUGUCGCAGCUGCACCUUACGCAGCAAACACCUAUGCAGCAGCAACAGCACUUGCAGCAGCAGCAGCACUUGCAGCAGCAGCACUUGCAGCAACAGAACUUGCAGCAGCAGCACUUGCAGCAGCAGCAGCAGCAGCAGGAAUCGGUUGCCACUCUGAGGCUUCCGGCGAGGCGGUCCCCUGCUGCGCUAUCCAGAGUGGAUGGCCUGCAGCAGGGGCGAGCAGCAGCAGCAACAGCAACAGCAGCAACCACAACAACUGCAGCAGCAGCAGCAGCAGCACCUACGUCGCCUGCAGCAACGGGAAUUCCUUCGCUGUCUCUGUCGAUUCAAAGACCAGAACCCCCACCGCCGCCGCAGCAGCUGCAGCAGCAAGAGCUGCAGCAGCAGCAGCAGCAGCAGCAGCGACAGCCGGGAGACUGGAACAGCAGCACUCGGCGCUCUCUGCUGCUGCCUGUUGAGUCGCUUGGCUCUACGUCGCUGCCUUCAGCAGCAGCAGCUGCUGCUGCCCUGACAGCAACAGCAUCAGCAGCAGGAAAAGGUGCUGCAGCGACAGACGUAGGGAGUCCCGGCUCUGCUGCCGCUGCUGCAGCUGCUGCUCCAACGGUUCCCCCGCGACGGCUGCUGCUGCGCGUGCAGAGCAGCAGCAGCAACGCCUCCAUCAGCCUACAAGAACCGCAGCAGCAAAGUCCGCCUCGGCUGGCUCGAAGCAGCAGCAGGAGCAGCAGCAGCAGCAACAGCAGCAGCAGCAACAGCAACAGCAGCAGCAGCAACAGCAGCAGCAGCAGCAGCAGCGACCUUCCCAAGUUGUCAGGCCCUGCCCCAGCGUUGCGCCCAGCAGGAGAAGCAGCAGCAGCAGUAGAAGCAUACGGAGCCCCGCUGCUGUUGCCGCCCCCUCAAGGAGGUGCAUCAGCAGCUCCUGCAGCAGCAGCAGCACUUGCAGCAGCAGAAACAGCAGCAGCAGAAGCAGCACUAACUGGGAAAGGUCUUUAUAAAGAGCCUCUCUCAGACUGUCAGUCCUCUACUGCUGCAUGCACCAGAGACAACAGCGACAGCAGCAGCAACAGCAGCAGCAACGGCAACAGCAACAGCAGCAGCAGCAGCAGCAGCCUCGCGGAGCUGCCACUCUUUCAGCCUCAGCCGCUGCUGCGCCGCAGCCGCCUGAGUGAGUCACCGUCUUCGCCUGCUGCUCUUGCUGCUGCUGCUGCAGCAAACAACUGCAGCAGCAGCAACAGAAACAGCAGCAGCGACAGUGGCAGCAACAGGACGAGCAAUGAUCGAGCUGCUGCCGGCUCCGGAAUCAGCAACAACGGCAUCUGCAGCUGCAACAACAGCAACAGCAGCGGCAGCAGCAGCAGCGACAACAGCAGCAGGGGGCUGGCUCAAUCGGUCUUGCAACCGCUGCACGUAUCAGAUGCUACCAGCAACAGCAGCAGCAGCAGCAACAGCAACAACAGAACAGCGCCUCAGUCUCGCUCUUCCAACCAACAACUGCAGCAGCAGUCAUCCCUCUGCACCGACAACAGCAACGCCGGCAGCAGCAACAACAGCAGCAGCAGCAGCAACGGCAGCAAGAAUAGCUUUAUAAGGCCCCGCCGUGAUUUAUUUGCUGCCAUUCGCAGGGAGUGCACGGAAGACUCGGCGCUGCUGCUGCUGCGGCAGCAGCAGCGUGAACAGAAGCUGAGCCCCAGAGGCGGUGAGAAGGCAGCAGCAACAGCAGCAACAGCAGCAACAGCAACAGCAGCAGCAGAACAAUCAGAAGAGCGUCUCCUUAGGGAGCCGUGCGCGCUGUCUCCUCCUCUGAGGCCCCAAGGCCCUGCUACCAGGCUCCAGGACUCGCAGCUAAUGCCACUGCAGCUUGCUGCAGCAGCAGCAGCAGCUGCUGCUGCUGCUGCUAAGCCGCGACAAAGCACAAGAAUUCCUUUUGGGAGUCCAGAGCAGGCAGACGGCCACAAGCAGCAGCAGCAGCAGAAGCAGAAACAAGUUGCUGCAGCAGCAGAACCAGCAGACGCAACAGCAGCAACGCAGCAGCAGCAGCAGCAGCAGCAGCAGCAGCAAGUCCGACGGACGCCGUCCGGAUCCCCUCGAGGGACUGCAGCUGCAAAAGGCAUUUCUUUUCAUGAAGAAUUGAGACAGCGGCUGCUGCUGCGAGGAGGGGCCCUCGAGCAGCAGCAGCAGCAGCAGCAACAGCAGCAAAAGCAGAAGCAGCAGCUCGCCUUGAGGCAAGGUGCUGCUUCACCCCCGCUUUUCGGGCAACGUCGGGGCCCGAUGCUUUCGGGUGCUGCUGCAGCAGCAGGAACACCGCAGCAACAGCAGCAGCAGCAAGAGCGGGAGCGGGUGAGUGAAGCGGCCGAUGACUCUGCAGCAACAGCUUCAGCAACAGCUGCGGCAACAGCUGCUGCUGCAGCGCUGCCAUCUGAGAAGCAGCCGCAAGUGAUGCUGCAGCAGCGGCAGCAGGUGAAGCAACCACAAGAGCAGCAGCAGCAGAAGCACCCUGUACCUAAUCUUGGAGGCCCCCUUCCUCAAGCAGCAGCAGCAGCAGGAAAACAGACAGAAGAUGCUGCUUUUCUUGCAUGUAAGGAGCAGCUGGGCUGCUAUGAGCCUCUUGCUGCUGCUGCUGCAGCAGCAGCUGCUGCUGCUGCAGCUCAGGGAGCAGCGGCCGUGCAGCCUCUGGUUGCUGCAGCAGCAGCAGCAGCAGCAGCAGAAGCGGCAGCAGCAGCAGGCCUGGGAACAGCCGAAGAAACAGCAGAAAAAGCAGCACACCUCGCGCGAACUGCUGCUGGCGUUGCUGCUGCAGCAACAGAGGUAGCAGAUAUACGAGAUCCAGAAGCAGCAGCAGCAUCAGCAGCAGCAGCAGCAGCAGCUGCUGCUGCUGCUGCUGCUGCUGCAGACGCCUCGUGCAGCGAUGCUGAGGGAGACGAACAGCUGCUACCCUUCUUCACGCGGCAGCAGCAGCUGCGCCUUGAAGUCGGUUCCCCUGCAGCAGCAACAGCAGCAGCAACAGCAGCAGGGGGCGUUGGGAGCAGGACCGGCUUGGCUGAAAACUCUGCUGCAGCAUGCAGAAGCAGCAGCAACGGAAGCAGCAACAGCAGCAGCUGCAGCAGCUGCAUUGAGGCCGUCAGUUCGCCACAUGGGUCGCCUAUGCACAAGGAGCCUGUACCUUCUAGCUAG